ACCUCAAUUUAUGUACUUCGAUGUCGAUUUGCAGAAAAAUUGAAUUAGUUAUCCCAAAUAGUGUUUUUCUCAAUGAAAAAGACCGUGAAAACUGACACAGUGUACAUUAUUUAACCUUAUGUAAAUUUAAUCAUUCACGAUGAAGCUCAUCACGCAUAAUAUGCUCACAUCCAAAUGUUUGAAAGGUGUUUUACAAGGCUAUCCAUUGGCAAUAAAUGCUACGGAUGUAAAAGUAACUGAAGUAGACUUUAAUCCAGAGUUUGUCUCUCGUAUUAUACCCAAACUGGACUGGAAUGUGUUGUGGGGUGCUGCUGACAGUUUAGGACACAGUGAAGGACUACCAAAAACAGUUGAACCAAAGUAUGAAGAAGACCAGGAAUUCUUGAAAAAGGCACAUCAUGUUCUUCUAGAAGUAGAGAUAGAAGAAGGAACCUUAACUUGUCCCGAGUCUGGACGACAAUUUCCCAUCUCCAAGGGUAUCCCCAACAUGCUACUCACAGAAGCAGAAGUGCAAUAAAAAUACAGCUCUAAUA